CGUCGUUGAGGAACAAAGUUCGAUCCUCUCUGCAAAAUCAAAGAUUCAAUCGGUUUUCAGCUCAGACUGAAUCCAAUGUCUAUGCUGCGGCAGAAGAAGAAGAAUUACAGGAAGCGAACUGCGGAAGAGCUUGAAGAUGAAGCAGACGACAAGGCGAACACGAACGGCCCCGAUGACGACGAAGACGAAAGAAGAGUGCUGGAGGAGGUGAAGUUUCUGCAGAAGCAGAGGGAGAGGAAGGCGGGGAUCCCGGCGCUCCCCUCGUCUCAGAAGAGCGGCUCGGGUGCCCGGUUCGGUCUGAUGGCGCCCGCGGCGAAGUCGGUCGAGAAGGGCGACGGAGACGGGGAGAAAGAGGACUUGGUCCUUCAGGACACGUUCGCGCAGGAGACUGCCGUCAUGGUUGAAGAUCCGAACAUGUUGAUGUAUAUCGAACAAGAGUUGGCCAAGAAAAGGGGUAGGAAUGUUGACCUCAGCGAUCAAGUCGAGACCGAAUUAAAGCGCGUGGAAGAUGAAUUGUACCAGAUCCCGGAGCACCUUAAAGUGAAAAAGCGCAGUUCUGAAGAGGGCUCUACUCAGUGGACUACUGGGAUUGCUGAGAUUCAGCUUCCUAUCGAAUAUAAGUUGAGAAACAUUGAGGAAACAGAGGCUGCCAAGAAGCUUCUCCAGGAAAAGAAGCUCAUGGGUCGGACGAAGUCCGAAUUUACCAUUCCGUCAAGUUAUAGUGCAGACUAUUUCCAACGAGGCAAGGACUAUGCUGAAAAGCUCAGAAGAGAACAUCCUGAGCUGUACAAGGAUCGCAGUUCGCGGGAGAAUGGCCCUGGAACGAAACCAGCUGAUAACAACUCUGAGACGACAGGACAGAGGCAAGCUGCCACAGAUGAGUUCACGCUGGAAAGGUUCCGAAGACGAGAACGACACCGAGUUAUGAGGAGAUGAAUCUUUUUUUUAAUGUCAACUUUCCUUCUAGACUGUGUCGAUUAGUUGUCUUCUAUGCUGGGAAAAUGGGAAAUGUACAUCUUCCUCACUUGAGAUUUGAUGAAAUUUAGCAGAUGUUUGAUUCGUGAUGUUCCUGUUAUUAGAUCAA